GACCAGCGUUUGUGCCCUCCUCUCUCUUGUGCAACCAAGUGUAAAUAUGGAUAUGUCGUUGAUAAAUCUGGAUGUAAGAUUUGCACUUGUAGGGAAAAUGUGUAUUGCCAGCAGAUCACACCAUUCAACUGCCCUUUGACAUGCAAUGAUGGAUAUGCCACUGAUGUUCAUGGAUGUGAUAUCUGCAUGUGCAAAAUACAAAGAUCAGCAUGCAAUGACACCUGCCUCUCUCCCAUGAUGCACUGUGCCUUUAGCCUAGCAACAGAUCACCUUGGCUGUGAGAUAUGCUCUUGUAAAAUGCCAGUUGCCAGUGGGUUAAUCCUUGCACCUGACACCAAGCCCAGGGAUUGUGUGGCUCUCUCUACCCAGUCAUGUGACUUAACAUGUGAUCAUGGCUACAGAACAGACCAACAUGGAUGUGAGAUAUGUCAUUGUAUGAAUCAAUCAGAUGAGUGUCCAUCUAUGGUCAGUUGCAGGCUCCAAUCUAGAUGUCCUUAUGGACUGGCAUCAGAUCAACAUGGCUGUCCAAAAUGCGCAUGUAAACAUCCAGGUGUAUGUGACCCACUUCCAUCUUACUGUGAUCUUGAGUGUGAAAGGGGCUAUUCAACGGAUAAGUUUGGGUGUGAACAGUGCCUGUGCAAGAAAGCUGAAGACUGCCCUGAUCUUCAAUCUUGCCAAUUGACCUGUCCUUUUGGACUAGCCACUUGCCCUUGCCGGUGCGAGAUCUGCAAGUGCAAGCUUCCAAAUUCUUACACGCUUCAUGUUCUCUCUGACCUGACUGCUGUCCCUAUCUGGAAUGAAUCUAAAGAGACUGACAUCUCUAAUAGUGUUGUAUGUCCUGAGCUGAACUGUCUUGAAGCUUGCCACUUUGGUUAUGCAGUAGAUCCCAUCAGUGGAUGUCAGUCCUGCCACUGCAAAACCAGGUUGCGAUGUCCAUCCCUCCUUGAACCGAUGGUUGCCAUGGAAACACAAUGCGAGUCCAAUGCUGAUUGCAGGAACCCUCAUCAGCUAUGUUGUUUUACCGGUACUCGUUUCAUGUGCAUGGAUGCACUGGAUGACAGUUGUACAGAUGACUAUGGCAGGGUCCACAGCCAUGGAGAGGUGUGGCACGAGGACUGUGACACACAGUGUAGCUGUUUCCAUGGUAACAUUAGACAUAUCCAUUUCCAGAUCCCAUCCAUUCCUGAGGGUUGCCAGUAUGAAGUAACGCCUGGUCAUUGUUACUACAGCUACACAUGUGUGAAUGGCACAUGCCAGGACACAGAAAACUCCUGGUCUAUUGAUGAAUGCACUCAGUGUUCUUGUCGCUUAGAGGAUGUUACCCCUGUCUGUACCCGCCUUCCUUGCCCAAAGGUUCCCAAAGGAUGUCAUGUAGCUGCAGUAGAGGAUUCAUGCUGCCCUGAUAUUGUUUGUCCAGGCUGCAGAGAUGCUGGAGGUCACCUGAAGGUUGAAGGUCAGAUGUGGAAUGACAACCUUUGUACUUCUUGUGUCUGUGAGGAAGGUCAAAGGUCUUGUCGCAGGAUGACCUGUGAGAUCCCUCGUCCUGAAUGCCAACAAAUAUAUUUGCCCAAUCAAUGUUGUCCUAAAACCAUUUGCCCCGGAGAUUUCAAGAGACCUUGUGAAGCAAUACGCUCCCUGAGGAAUCCCUUGCAGCUCCUGGAUGAUAGCCCCACUCGCCAACCUGGUCCCUACAUCCCUUCCUGUGUUCCUGAGAGCGGUUACUUCAACGCUACCCAGUGCUACCCUGCUGAAGGUCUCUGCUGGUGUGCAGAUCACCUUGGUACAGAGGUUCCCGGAACUAGGACAAGAAAUGGCAUUCCAAAUUGCAGGGAUUACGGAUGUGUAGACCUGCAGGGCAACUAUCAUCGUGAGAACGACACCUGGAACCGUGAUCAAUGCACCACAUGCCAGUGCAUCCAGGGCAUACUGGUCUGCAGGGGUCCCCGGUGUAGGAGCCCUCCCAGGGGAUGUGAUGUGUUUGAAGAAAGGGAGAACUGUGAAUGUCCACGGUUCAUCUGCACUGGUUUCUGCUUUGAUGACCGUCACAGCAUCAGACGUAUCGGUGAGUUGUGGCACACGCCCGACUGCACAAGAAGCUGUGAGUGUGGAACUAAUGGUGUGAUAACUUGUCAAGACACAGCGUGUCAAGAACCUCUGUUGAUUCCUGAUGGCUGCUUCCACGAGAAACGAUCACCCGAUGAUUGCUGCCCCUCUGUAGUUGUCUGCCAUGAUGACUUGUCAAGCUGCCCAGCAGGUACACCAGCGGCCAGUUGCUUUUCUGAUCCAUGCCUGGAUGCUACCUGUUAUACCCAUCCCAAUGCCAUCUGCCAUGCAAAUUUCUGUGGUGGUUGCAACGCAAUCUUCUACGAUGAUCAGAAUACAGGGCCUAUACAAUGCAGAAGACAAGCGGACUCUCCGUACAGAGUUCAUCAGUAUGGGACUCACAACAUCAGCUGCCAUGCUUUGCUGGAACAGACAACUCCGAGUGACACAGCAUAUUACCCUCGAUGCACUGGACACGACACCUAUUCAGCAAAGCAAUGUGAUACCCUCGGCUCAUGUUGGUGUGUAAACCCAGAUGGAGUGCACAUAGCUGACAGUGGGAUGGCAGCAGAUAGUACCGAGUUAUGUAUCGCAGCCCCCUGUCGUCAGGAGCUUGAAUCCAACCGAGAAAAGUUUGAACUGGGCCAAACUGUGACCUCCAACCCUUCAUGUGACCUCCAGGGCAUGUACCUACCUCAGCAGUGCACCAUAGACGGUACCCAGUGUUGGUGCACUGAACCGGAUGGUACCAUGAUACCCAACACCAAGACGCAGAGUGGAGGGUCCGUCACCUGCUUGGCAGCUUGUGGUAACAGGCAGGCACUAACCACCCAAUCGUGUAACUCAGUUAUUCCAUGCCCUCCCAAUUACACCUGUCACUUCAUGACACCUUCCAACCAUGGAGUCUGCUGUCGACCGUCAUAAGGUUUAUGAAAAAUCCGAGUCAACAAUCAACUUGAUGUCUCAUUUCUUUGGAGUGGGAACUUUAGCUUAUUUUGUUCAGAUAUACAUAGUUCCUGUUGCAACUUGAAAGGAAAGGACUGUUUUAGUCAGUGGAAUUCUUUAUAUUAGCACAAAUUGUAUGUUUUUUUUUCUUAUUUUACACGUAUUAUGAGUGACCUCAUUUUGUAAUAUUCUCAGAAGUUUGGCAUCUAUUUGUAUUAAUAUACAUACCACAUUACUGUACUAUUCUUUGUACAUAGCAAUGUCAGCAAAAUACCAAGGAAUUUCAGCAGUAUAAUAAAGCUAUUAGGAAAUUUCUUGAGUAGAUCAUUGAGCUAAAUAUAAGUAUGUCAUGUGAAUAUACUUCAGGAAAAUAUUAUAAGGUAUUGUAAUAUUAACAAGGAUAAUAUACGAGUGAUGUUGGAUUGCAUUGGUUGUUGCUCUCUUAAAACUGAUAUCAGCUGGAAAUCAAAACUGAGAAACCUGAUUUGAAAAUAGUGAAUUGAAUUGUCUUUCUUUGUUCCAACAAUCUGCCCAAGUCAAUUUUUUUUUUCCAUCAAACUUUCAUCCUGCAGAUCACUUAAAAUUACCGAGAAGUAUAUUGCAUCAAAUGAAAUAGUAUGACAUGAAAAUGUUCAGACACAAUUAUUCUGUUUCUGUUGGUCACUUUAUUACUGCAUUACAUUAAUGCAAACAGGUCAUCAAGAGUUCAGCUUCUUUUCUAUGCACUUUAAAACUUACAGUUAUAAUCAAGUAAAUGUUU